AACAUGCUCACUCCGGACCCCUUUGAGUGCGACACACGAUAGCAAAGUGUGGAGGAGACAUGUGGAAACCGUCGUGUUACUGCUGUAGCUUAGCCGACAGACGUAGAUCCAACUUUUGAGUUAAAAUAUAUAAAUUACUUUAUCGACAUAGUAAGACUAGUGUCGAAAGGUGAAAUCAAAUGUGUUGGUAAAACAAAAGCGCUUUUAAUUCUGCUGAAAAAUGGGGAAAUCAAAGGUAAGUAAAGAUCUAUGCUAGCUUAUUAGCCGCCAUUUAAAAGCGUUAGUUUGUGGGAAAUAUAGAAAUUAUCAACAGAUUAACUUGUCGUCUGUGUCUUUGAUACUGUUACCUUUAUUAAACUAAAAGUUUGAGGCUGUAGUGAAUGUGUUAAAUCAAAAUAAAUGCUUUAUGAGUUUUGCUGGUUUCUUGGACUGUAGUCUGAGCUCUCUGACAAAAUCACGACCAAACUAAAUGUCAUGUUAAUCGUGUUUUUGGUAUGCAGUAUUCUUCACCUGUUUAAUCUAUCCUUUCAGACCAAGAAUCAGAAGAAAGCCCGAGCUCAAGCCAACCAUGUGGCCGAGGAGACUUACGGAGUUAUCCCCCACUCCUUCGUGUUUCAUCGGGGUCAGAUUGGAAAAAACGUGGGUCAGCUUAUUCAGGACAUGCGGAGGAUCAUGAUGCCAUUCACUGCAGAGUCCCUGAAGGUCUGUCUUUUGAUAACAAGAUCUUGACGAUAUGUUUUUAAAGGAAUAUUCUGGCGUAAAAGGGUCAAACACACCGUAACACCAAUAGACACCCCCUCCAGAGAUGAAUGUUGCCGACUGCUUGCUUCUCUAGUUUUACCAACUUUAGUAACGGCCGCACGAUAGCAAUACAGAGAGCCACGUGCACACCUCAGCCAAAACGCCACUCUAUAGCCACAAAUAAUGCUCAGAACAGCACCUAGCUUCAUCAACAGUACAUAUAGGGUCGCAGCCACAGUACUAGCCACCAAACAUCUUUUUAACUUUGCCUAAUUUCUUUAGCAAAGAGACUAAACACAACUCACUUACUCUCUUCCAGUAGCCGCUUGUUUGUACAGAGACUUGGGCCAGUCCAUUAUGGUCUGCUGGUGGGUGACGCAGCUCAAGGAAGAACAUUCAUGAUCAUUUCUUCAUAGAACAGCAAUCAGACCGAGACGCUAAGGCAGAAGAACUACUGCGUCUGCUGUGCAAAAUGACUAAUAUGGUGAUUAUUAGUUAAAGGAAAUGAUAAAGAAAUGAUCAUAAAUGUUCUUCCUUGAGCUGUGUCCCCCCCCGCUGCGGUCUGUAAUGGACUGGCCCGAGGUCUCACCACAAACAAGCGGCUGCUGGAAGAGUUGUGUUUAGUCUCUUUGCUAAUAAAUUAGGCAAAGUUAAAAAGAUGUUUGGUGGCUAGGACCCGAUAUGUACUCUUGAUGAAGUUAGGUGCUGUUCUGAGCAUUAUUUGUGGCUAUAGAGUGGCGUUUUGGUCGAGAUUUGUUUAUGGCUCCUCAGACCGCUGUGUAUUGCUAUUGUGCGGUCAAUACUAAAGUUGGUAAAACUAGAGAAGCAAGCUGUCGGUAACAUUCAUCUCUCAGGGGGUGUCUAACUCAGUGUCAUGGUGUGUUUGACCCUAAAUUAAUUUUACGCUGGAAUAUCCCUUUUGACAUUGAUAUCACUGAACACACACAUAGAAUAACCCAGUAUUUUGUAUCAAGCAUAAGAUUUGCAUGAAAUCACUAAUGGUGAAGCACUCCAUCAUGCUGUUCCUCACUCUGUAUACCUGACCUGCUUGUGUUGGGUUGUUUUCAUCAGAUCAAGAAGAAGAAUGUGCUGAAGGACUUUGUGGCUAUCGCAGGACCACUGGGAGUGACACACUUCAUGAUCUUCAGCAAGACUCCCAGCACUUUAAACAUGGUGGGUUUGGAUCACACAUCACAGCACUGCAUAACAGUUUUUAAACGUGUCGUGUAAUCCUGAUCAUGUUUCAUUUGCUUUCAGAGACUUGCUCGACUCCCCAAAGGUCCCAUGCUUCAUUUCAGGGUGCUAAAGGUAAACAAAAGAAUAUAAACAACAGAUUAAUUGAUAGCUGGGCUCAGGUGAUGACAAUUUAAUGUUUGACUGUAAGUGAUGUUUUCAAAGUAAACGCACUGAUGCGCCCGCACAGCCAAAGUCCUUUUCCCCCCUCCUCUUCUCUUCCACUGUUGACAUGGGUCUCUCUUUGCCCUCAGUACUCUCUCAUCAAAGACGUGGUUUCAUCUCUAAAGAAGCACAGGAUGCACGAUCAGCAGUUCACGCAUCACCCGCUACUCAUCCUCAACAACUUCGGGUCCGAUGGCAUGCACGUGAAACUGAUGGCUACAAUGUUUCAAAACAUGUUUCCCUCCAUAAAUGUGCACAGGGUACGCCGUUUCUCCUCCUUCAUCAUCGUCUUUUCUUUGGAUUGUUGAGGAUUUAAAGCCUCAAUGUUGGCAUGAUGAAAGUAUAGUCUUCUGAGAUUUCCUUUGAAGAUUAUUCAAAAGUAAACGCUUUCUGAUCUUGUUUGAAUCCUUGAGUCAUUGUGCAUAUUGGAGUGUAAUGCCAAAUUCAGUUAAAAAUGACAACAUUGUUGUUUUCCAGGUGAGCCUCAAUAACAUCAAGAGGUGUGUGCUGGUGAAUUACAACGCAGGCUCAGAAGAGAUUGAACUGCGACAUUAGUAAGUUAAAGAUUCUUAAUUAUUCAGAUAGCCAUUGCAAAAUGCAUUUUUUAAAGGGAAAUUCAAGCGUAAAAUUAAUUUAGGGUCAAACACACUGUAACACCCAAGUUAGACACCCCCUCGAGAGAUGAAUGUUGCCAACAGCUUGCUUCUCUAGUUAUACCAACUUUAGAAACGACGGCACAAUAGCAAUACACAGCAGUCUGAGGAGCCAUAAACAAACCUCAACCAAAAUGCCACUCUGUAGCCACAAAUACUUCAUCAACAGUAAAUAUAGGGUCCUAGCCAUAGCACUAGCCACCAAUCAUCUUUUUAACUUUGCCUGAUUUCUUUAGCAAAGAGACUAAACACAACUCACCUACUCUCUUCCAGCAGCUGCUUGUUUGUAUGGAGACUUGAGCCAGUCCAUUACGGUCUGCUGGUGGGUGUCGCAGCUCAAGGAAGAACAUUUAUGAUCAUUUCUUCAUGGAAAUGCAGUCAGACCAAGAUGCUUGGGCAGAAGAACUACCACGUCUGCAGUGCAAAAUGAUUAAUAUGGUGAUAAUUACGUCAAGGAAAUGAUAAAGUAAUGAUCAUAAAUGUUCUUCCUUGAGCUGCAUCACCCCGCUGUAGUCUGUAAUGGGCUGGCCCGAGGUCUCGUUACAAACAAGCGGCUGCUGGAAGAGAGUAGGUGAGUUGUGUUUAGUCUCUUUGCUAAAGAAAUUAAGCAAAGUUAAAAGAUGUGUGGUAGCUAGUGCUAUGGCUGGGACCCUAUAUGUACUGUUGAUGAAGUUAGGUGCUGUUCUGAGCAUUAUUUGUGGCUAUAGAGUGGCGUUUGUGUUGAGGUUUGUUUAUGGCUCCUCAGACCGCAGUGUAUUGCUAUCAUGCAGUCAUUACUAAAGUUGGUAUAACUAGAGAAGCAAGCGGUCGGCAACAUUCAUCUCUUGGGGGUGUGUCUAACUUGCGGUUUUACGGUGUGUUUGACCUUGAAUAAUUUUUAUGCGGAAUAUUCCUUUUUUUUUUUAAAUGUUUGUUUCAGGGCUCAGAUGAUGACAGUUUUCUUACCUGAUUGUUCAGUGAUGUUUUUUCAAAGUAAACGCACUGAUGAGCCACCACACAUUCACUAAAUAUCUGUUAAUCUUUGAUGAAAUGUCACUCUGACUCCUGUGAUCGUGUCUCUUUCCUGCAGCAGCCUGAAGGUGGUCCCUGUAGGCAUGAGUCGUGGCGUCAAGAAGCUAAUGCAGGAGAAAUUCCCCAACAUGAACAAGUUUGAGGACAUCAGUGAGCUGCUGAUAAAGUAAGGCUCUCGUGAAGUUACAAUUUUAGCUCGUUCUGGAGCCGCAGGAGGAAUCAUGAUUUGAAUAAUUUCCUUGGUCAACCCUCAGGGGGGCGAACCUUUCAGAGAGCGAGGCAGAACAAGACGGAGAGCACAACAUCACAGAGCUCCCGCAGGUCUACUCUGGCCGAGGCAACAUGGCGUCCCAGCAGAGUGCAGUUCGUCUUACUGAGGUGAGUGUGCGUAGAGAGUGUGGCUAUAAACAAAGCUGCGACAAGGGAGGAAUCCAAUGCAAUCCGAUCUGCUUUAUUUAUACAGCACAUUUAAAAAAACAAUUAAGUUAGCCAAAAUUAAAAGAACAAUUACUACAGAAAACAUCACAAGGAAAUAAGUAAAAGCAGGUAAAAAUAAAAUGAAAUAAAAACACAAAAGCAUAAGAGAAAUAAAAGUGAUAAAAGGACAGAUCACACAACUCUCAUGCCGAACUAAAAGCCAAGGAGUAAAAAUGAGUUUUAAGACGUGAUUUAAAAGUAUAAAGUGUGGGGGAUGUUUUUGAUCUCGAGUGGCAAUUCGAUCUGCAAUUUGGGAGCCACAGCCGAGAAAGCUCUGUUGCCACGGGUUUUCAAACAAGUUUUCGGGACGACCAGUUGGAGCUGAUCAGUAGACCUCAAGGAGGAAUGGUGCUUAAUUGUUGCCCUGUGCUCACCACAGAUCGGCCCUCGCGUGACUCUGCAACUGACGAAGAUACAAGACGGCAUGGGAGAGGGGAAUGUCCUCUAUCACUCCAUCGGUGAGUCUAAACUUGAUCUUUCUUGUCAAUGUCUCCUGAUGCACAUGAUGAAAAGAAUCUGUAUGACUGCUGUGAUUUCUCUCUAAAAGUAAACGCUUACUGAUGCAUCUGAAGACGUACGAGUUCUCUCUAGAUCUGGCACCGAUUGUGUCUACAUAAGAGCGUUUUUUUUUUUUUUUUCUAUGAUUGCCAGUCUCAAAGACGGAGGAGGAAAUACAGGAGAUCCUGAACAGAAAGGAGGUGCAGCUGAAAGAGAAACAGGAACGCAAGAAGAAGCAGGAGCAGAAUGUUGCUCAGAAGAAAGAGAAAAAAGAAGAGAAUAAGUAAGUUUUAGACGAGGGGAUUUGCUUUUGCUUUUUGGAGUAGAAUUAAGUGUAAGACUACUUUUGCUCAUCUUUUAAUAGGAAAAAGAGCUUGGCGGGCAUUAAGAGGAAGCAAGCCGAGGCUGAAGAGGACAGCGAGGUGGAGGAUCCUGGUGUGCAGGACGAUCGGGCUGCUGCCGUGGAAUCAGACGAUGAGGUGGAGUACUACAGACAGGCUGUAGGAGAGGAGCCAGAUGAAGGUGAGCGCAGUGGGUGUGCUUAAAACAAGCCAACGUGCUCUGGUCCAGUUUAAAAUGCAGUUAUUGACCCAGAUAUUUUACUUUUUCUGUGCAGACAUGUUCCCUAGUGCCAAGAAAAGGCAGAGCUCAGACAAGACUCACGGACCUGCCAAAAAGAGGAAGCUGGCUCCCGGUGAAUCAAGAAAAGAAAGAGAUGCCAAAUCACCGAAGAAGAGUGGUCCAAGAGGAGUGCGUAGGGACAGUACAGAGAAAGGAUGGAAGAAACCCAGAGAUGGGGAGAAAGCAUUUGGAAAGAAAAUGAAGCCAGGAGGGAAGACAUUCAAAGGAAAGACAUUUGCAGCAAAGAAAGCUGGUGGGGAGAAAUUUGGUGGCAAGAACAAAUUCGAAGGGAAGAAAACAUUUGGGGGGAAGAAAAACAAAGACAAACCUUUCAAAUCUAAAGGUCAGAAAGGAAAGCCAGGCUUCAAGAAGAAAGGAGCGGGAGCAAAGCAAGGCUUUAAACAGAGGAAGGGGAAAGGCUGAGGUCUAGCGCCACCUUCUGGACUCAAAAACUGAAUGUGAGGUUUUGCUGGAGCAGAAGAGGGCAGCAAGGAUCCAUCUGAUCUGCUGGUGGAGCCUGAACCUUUGAGUGCCUGGCUUUGGGAGUGACUGUUUGAGGAUGUUUGUUGGUGAAAAUCAGCAGAGGGGUGAAUGAGAAUAAAUGUGCUUUAUUUUCAUACUGUAUGAGUUCAUAUUAAAAAUGUACCUGCUCUAUAAAACGUUUAAAACCACCAGAACAAUGACCGUCAUGUUGAGGUGACAAUGCAGCCAGUUUGUAAGGACUUUUGAAAUAAUAAUAAAAUAAUUACAAUUAUAAGUUUUC